AAUGCCGAUGCAGCAACCAAUUGUUAUUCUCUAUCGCCGGUAUUUCCGGAGCUGACAACGAUAACAAUGACAAAUGUAGACCGAACUCGUAAAAAAUAAUUACUCCUAUUCCACGAUUCGAAUUUAAUUGACAAGAAGCACGUAUUGCUUCAUUAUACGAAUUCAACUUUUAUAACUUUUUAAUUCAUUAAUGAACUACGAUUUUUACAAGAAUUUUAGUCUAAUAUAUGAUAAUAUUUUUUAAUUAAAGCUAUACGAGAUAAAGACAAGAACCUUUUUUUCCCUUGUCAUUCGACAAUCGUUGCUGCACGGCCGUCUGUUGCCGAAUUCUACCGUUACUGAUGACAUUGUUAGACAUUAUUAAAAUAAUCUAACAAAAGCGAAACGAAACACGGAACAAUAACGAAACCGAACAGUCACACGGAAUCUACUUGUUGUUACUGUUAUUCGUCAUGGCAACCCGUUCUUAAGCCACCUUUACAUCGAAGGAAAUUUUAAAAUAAUAAUUGUAUGUAUGGUAAAGAUAAUUGUACUAAAUGUAUACGCAACGGAACAUUUAACAUAUGUAAUUUUUAAUAUGGGACACAUGAAUAAAAGGUCGUUUAUGUACAAACAAUUUCUUUCCCGCUUUUCUAUCUCUUUUUUACGAACGUCUCUCCCCCCUUUUUUAUCUGUUUCCUGCUGUAUUCUUUUUUAUUAAUUAGCAUCGGAAAUUAAUGUCCACGUAAAGAAACGUUCAACUGCCUUCGCUUCUAUAUAAUUUCGCGAACACAAAAGAUGUCCCUUUGUUACUCUACAAAAAAGGAAAGAAGAAUAACAGACAACAAAUAUUUUUGUUAAUGAAAUAAACCGCGUAGAUAAAUAGAUAAGAAAGUAUGAGCAACUGAAUGACUAAUGAUCGAAAAAGCGUGCCCUUUAUUAGACGCGUAGCGCCACCAGAGUGAUAGCAAAAUUUACAGAACGUCAUCAGCGGAUCAACAUGAUUACGGGCAAUCGUUCGGACGCGAUAACGAGACAGAAUUACUGAGGCGUUAGAACGAUUUAGUUGGAAAACUCGCGUGGAGUAAUCAUCGUUAAGGAAAUUGGUAGUAGAGAACUGAAUAACAAGGUGCGAAAGGUGUCACCUAAGUGUACGAUUGGAGAGCUCGAGGUGCUCGAUCAUUUCAAAAUGUAGGGGACUCACAGGAGCAUAAAUCAGUGAUCAGUGCCGAAAAAUCAAGGGUUGCCUUUAAUCGUGUUAUCCUAUCCUGUACGAUCAUCUCUAUAUACUUGCCGCACGUCCACCUGUUAUAACUCAUAGAUUUAGUAAACACUUUGUUUAAAUAAAUAUACCCUUCACCAUCUUUCAUUCCCAAAUGACAAACGAACUUGUAUUACUGAGUGAUCAAUGAUGUUGUAAACAGUAAUAAAAAGUUAUUGACUGGAUCAUGAGCUGUUCGGUUGAAUUGAGACAGCGCAGGCAACAGGGGAUAGCGGAGGAUCCUCAUAAACUAGCAGCGAUGAUGAACAAGUCUCAAAGACUAGUAUUAGGGCUGUUGGUUCUGUUGCUAGUCGAUAUAAUUUGGGUCUCUAGUUCGGAACUUACCAAAUAUAUUUACAGAGAAGCUGCUUUUGAAAAGCCAUUUUUUACUACAUACGUAAAGACGUCAAUGUUCACAUUUUAUUUGCUCGGUUUGUGCUUCUGGCCUCCAUGGAGAGAUCAGUGCAAUAAACCAGCAACAUACAUGUUCAUAGAUCCGAAUAUAGAGGAUGACAAUUUCUAUUCAGAAGCCAAUACAAGUUUGAGCGACCCAACAUUUGUUCCAAUAAAAACACCAGAUCACUGUGAUCGUUCCUCAGGAACAGAAAGCGAUGAUUCGUCGAUAAGAUCAGUAAGAUUCAGUAAAUUAGCGGAGGUUCGUCAUAUGUCAGAGAGCGAUGCCACUGAAGCAUUAUUGGCAAGACUCAGCUAUCAAGCAAGCUUGAGAGCUGGAGAGCAUGCGAGAAGACAAGCCAACAAGUUCUCUGUCCAGAAAGUAGCGAAAAUCGCACUUAUGUUCUGUCUACUUUGGUUUAUGGCCAAUUAUACUUAUCAAAUAUCAUUAGUUAAAACCGAAGCAGGGGUUGUAACUGUAUUGACGUCGACCUCGAGCUUAUUCACUCUAUUCCUUGCUGCCUUUUUCCCCAGCAAUGGAGGAGACAAGUUUACAUUGUCUAAACUAAUUGCUGUGACUAUCAGCAUUCUUGGACUAGUUCUAGUAGGUCUUUCAGAUUUAAGUAUAGAAACUAAUAGGAUACCUACAGGCAUAAUAUUGGCCCUAGUUAGCGCAUUUUUCUAUGCAGCGUAUAUUGUAUUUCUAAAGAGAAAGGUGGAUCACGAAGAUAAAAUGGAUAUUCCAAUGUUCUUUGGAUUUGUUGGACUGUUUAACUUGACACUUCUGUGGCCACUGUUUUUUAUUCUGCAUUAUGGUCAUUGGGAAGAAUUCGAAUGGCCAGAUACCCAUCAGUGGACAUUUUUAAUCAUCAAUGGUCUGAUUGGUACAGUUCUAAGCGAAGUACUCUGGUUAUGGGGUUGUUUCCUAACGUCAUCCCUAAUAGCAACAUUGGCAGUGAGUUUACUUAUGCCAAUGUCAAUGAUAGCAGAUGUUUUAUUAAAAAAAGUCCAGUACCCUUGCAUUUUCUACCUGGGAACCGUCCCAAUGUUGUUAGCAUUUUUAACUGUGUCUCUCCUGUUCUACUAUGAUAAUUGGGAUCCAGUCAUGGAUUUGAUAAAAAGGGUUUACAUUUGGAUUUGUAGGAGAAAUAGAUCGAUAAGAAUACCGGAUCUCGAGGCGGAGCAAACGGAAUCGCUAAUAGGAAUAAACAGUGGCGAACACGAAGCUUAACUCGACAAUAACUCGAGCGAAAUAAUGUAAUAAAUCUGUUUUACGUAUGUAUAUUUCUACACUUAACGAAUGCUUCGCCGAUGCGCAUAAAACAAUAUCAAUGUACCUUAUAUGUUUAUCCGACAUUGAUGCUGCCUUUCGCAAACGGAUUCUGUAAUGUAAACUGAUCGGUACUGAUAGGUACACCUAUAAUUUAAUUACUGAGGCAUUACACAAGCAAUUAUGAGUAUUCUACAAUAGAUAUCAUCUUCUUUCUAUGAUAAAUGUGUUAAUCUGUCGUUUUGCCAUACAAAUUAAGCUUCAUUCAUCCACGCAGUAGAAUAUCAUAAUACUGCCAGACAAUAAUUGCACAUUGUUCAAUGCGUAUUUGGGAAGAAAUCAGUAGAAAGUAAUUUUCGUUUGUAUUCUUCGAAGGGCUUACAGUGUUUUCUUAUUUUUAUCGGAAUUCUUAAAAGAAUGUGAUUUGAGUUUAAAAAAGUCUGAGAAACAAAUAAGUACUUAUAUAUAUCAUUCUUUUUAAAGUGAUUAUAUUCAUCGUUAUUAAUAUCGCUUUAUGUAAAGUAUUAUUUUUUUUAAGAUUGCUUUCGAAAUGUAUAAGAGCUUAAUUUAUAUUUCGUUAUGUAUUAACCGAACUUGUAUGUUAAUUGUUAUGUAAAUAACUGAUUUGUUGAACGUCGUGUACUUAUUCCGAAUGGUGUAUGCCAUAUAUAAAUUUUAAGACAACGUCACUGGGAUAUACUUGCGCAAUUUUAACGAUGUAAGACCGUAACAGUGAAAUUAUAUAUUUAGAUUUCGGACCAAUCUCAAAUUCGAUAAUACUAACAAACGCGACGGCCAGAGAAAAAUUAAAGCUCAUUCAUCGAUGCAUUUUGUGGCAUGCAAUUUUUAUAUCCGAUACGCGUGAUAACUGUAUCAUCUUCACUUAAAUCUAGUCAAAAUAACUGUACUGAUACAUUCCUCUGUUUAACUGUAUGUCUUACAUGCAACACAUCCACGAUCAACUUAUUUAUUCAUCGGGCGUGUACAUAUAAUAUACUUUUCUAAACCGGUCAUUUAGUUUACGUAAUGUACAUAAAACAAUAUUAAUAACUUUUAUUUUGAUAGACGAUGCGCACAACUACGUUUCAUCAUCACGUAUAAAAAUCAAACGAUGUCUAUCAAACUGUGUCUCAAAUUCCAAAUUGCACGGUACGCGUAUACACGUAACAUGGAAUCACGUUUCCAUCACGUUUCAAUCAAUAUGUACCGUGAACAUUUUAUAAGCGAAACCGUUAAGAGAUCAUUCUAUAAGUAUAUAAUACUAGCUUGAUAUAUUGUGAUAUAAUUACUAUGGUGCGCAAAUAUAAUUUAGUCUAACAUGAAUCAAGCUUUAAAGGAAACCAAUAAUGUAGAUUGUAUACUUAAUUGUUCCUGAAUCUACUACAGUUGUACAUUUGUUGUACAUACGGUAUUUUAAUAUUAAGAUUAGAAUGAUAUACACAU